UGCGGUGUGUGUGUGUGUAAAUGUGCAUGUCACUGCAGUGUGAAGUGUUUAUAUACAUUUAUUACAUUUACAUUUAAAUAAUAAUAAAGAAUAAAAGGAUUAAAAAUGUCCCGCGGCUCCAGUGCAGGGUUUGAUCGGCACAUCACGAUCUUCUCUCCUGAGGGACGAUUAUAUCAAGUGGAAUACGCGUUUAAGGCCAUUAAUCAGGGCGGUCUGACGUCGGUGGCUGUUCGAGGGAAGGACUGCGCUGUCGUGGUCACACAGAGGAAGAUACCUGACAAGUUGCUGGACGUCUCCACCGUCACUCACCUGUACAGAAUCACAGACACCAUCGGCUGUGUGAUGUCCGGCAUGACCGCCGACAGCAGGUCUCAGGUACAGAGAGCUCGAUAUGAAGCAGCUAACUGGAUGUAUAAGUACGGUUACGAGAUCCCGGUGGACAUGCUGUGUAAGAGGAUGGCCGACAUCUCUCAGGUCUACACGCAGAACGCCGAGAUGAGGCCGCUCGGCUGCUGUAUGAUCGUGGUGGGGGUGGACGAGGAGCUCGGACCUCAGGUGUAUAAGUGCGACCCCGCCGGGUACUACUGCGGGUUCAAGGCCACAGCCGCCGGGGUGAAGCAGACCGAAGCCGUCAGCUUCCUGGAGAAGAAGGUGAAGAAGAAGCUGGACUGGAGCUUCGAGCAGACUGUCGAGACCGCCAUCAGCUGCUUGUCCUCGGUGCUCUCCAUCGACUUCAAACCCUCAGAGAUAGAAGUGGGCGUGGUCACGGCGGACCAGCCUCAGUUCAGGAUCCUGUCCGAGUCGGAGGUGGACGUUCACCUGGUGGCUCUGUCUGAGCGGGACUGAGGAACAUCUACACCAGGGUUUAUGGAGAACCACCAUCAUCUUCUCAUCUUUGUACCUCUUGAGCAUUAAAACAGUUUUUUUGGAAGGAA